CAGUAAAUUUUUUUUCAUGCGAAAAAAAAAAUAAUCCGUCAUCAUUUACUUUCUAGCGAAGGGUUGAAUUAUAAAAUCACUGGUCAUCGCACCCUUUCUCUGCGUGUUCCUCCUUUGAUGAAGAAAUAUUUGGAAUCUGGUUUCCGAUUUCAGUUUUCCUUUCCUUUCCUGGCUCGUGUUCUUCUUUGUGUAUUCCUGAUUGGAUCUUUCCUUCACUCUCGAUCUUUUGACCCGAGAGCCCGAGAUUUUCAUCCGGGUCAAAAACCCAGAGCCAUGUCGCUCUGAGUAGAUCGAUCGCAAAAGACAGAGGACAUGGAGAUUCUGAGGCCGACAUCGCACGUGACCGGCGGGAACUGGCUUCGGCCGGAGGAGACGGCGAAGAACAGCUCCGCCGGGGCGACAUGGACGGCGGCGGAGAACAAGGCGUUCGAGAACGCACUAGCGGUGUACGACGAGGACUCGCCGGACAGGUGGCAGAAGGUGGCGGCGAUGAUACCGGGGAAGACGGUGAGUGAUGUCAUCAAGCAGUACACGGAGCUGGAGGCUGACGUAAGCAACAUAGAGGCCGGUUUAGUGCCGGUACCCGGUUACAUCAUGCCAUCGCCGCAAUUCACGUUGGACUGGACAGCCGCCGCCGGCUACAAGGAAUUGAAAGCGAUGGGGAACAAGCGGCCAACGGCGGCCAGACCGCCGGAGCAUGAACGGAAGAAAGGUGUUCCGUGGACGGAGGAGGAACACAAGCUAUUUCUAAUGGGACUGAAGAAAUACGGGAAAGGAGACUGGAGGAACAUAUCGAGGAACUACGUGAUAACGAGGACGCCGACACAGGUGGCAAGCCAUGCGCAGAAGUACUUCAUCCGACAGCUGUCGGGAGGCAAAGACAAGAGAAGAGCCAGCAUUCACGACAUCACCACUUUCAACUUAGACGACGACGAAGCUCACGUCAAAAGCUCCGUUACCGUUAACUCUCCCGCUUUAAUAAUCCCAUGGAGCAAUAGCAGUAGCAGUAGUAAUGGCCAGUCAUUCAAUUCCACUCUUUCUUUUCACUCUAGUUACCCUCACAUAUAAUUCCCACGCAUAAACAAACGGAGCUGAAAACGCACCGUUUCAUCCGUGCAUUUGUUCCCAAGUUGUCUCGACAUCAAACGCAAUGACAUUGUCAAAUAAAAUUUGUCUGUUCGGUUGUA